GCAGUAGAUUAGAGAUGGCAGGUGGCAAUGAGCAUGGUUUCUUUGUAUCGAAAGAAUUGGUGUCGAGAACGAAUCAGUCUUCCCCGCAGGAUUAGUCAGUAUGAGCAAGUAAGUUAACUAUUUCCCGAGGAACGGAGCAGGCAAGUGGGGUUGGAGAGAAAAAUUGGAAAGGAGAGAGGCGUGGGACCUUGAAUGACGACGUUAUAUAAGAGGGGCCCGCCGGGUCGGUCAGUGUAGCUUUUCUCCAGCUUAGACUUGAUAUCCCCAUUUUCUCCCCCUAUAUCUCUCUUAUACCUCCAUAUCUUUCAAAAUGGCCUCCAACCCCCCCGGAGCUUGCUGUGCCACUGGCUUUAAGCACGAGGGUACUCCUGUCGGUGAGGUGAAGAACAUCGCUGGUGUCGACACCUACAUCACCUACCCUAAGGACAACAAGAACCCCGACAAGGCCGUCAUCAUCCUCACCGACAUCUUCGGUCUCUUCGUCAACAGCAAGCUUCUUGCCGAUGAGUACGCCAAUAAUGGCUACUUGACCAUCAUCCCCGACCUCUUCCAUGGCGACCCCAUUCAGAUCGGUGACAUGGAGGCCGGCAAGGUCAACCUUCCCGAAUGGAUCCCCAACCACCAGCCCGGUCGUGUCGACCCCGUUGUCGAGGGCUCCAUCAAGUACCUGAGAGAAGACUUGGGUAUCAAGCGUGUUGCUGGUGUUGGCUACUGCUUCGGCGGCAAGUACGUUUGCCGCUUCUUGAGGAAUGGCAAGCUCGACGUCGGCUACACUGCUCACCCCUCAUUCGUCACCCAUGAGGAACUCGGUGGCAUCACUGGUCCUUUGUCCAUUGCUGCUUCUGAAAUCGACCAGAUCUUCACUACCCAGCUCCGUCACGAGUCCGAGGACACCCUCAUCAAGACCGGCCAGCCCUGGCAGAUCAACCUCUACAGCGGUGUCACUCACGGUUUCGCCGUCCGUGCCGAUUUGAGCAACCCGCACUUCAAGUUCGCCAAGGAGCAGGCCUUCUGCCAGGCUGUUGUGUGGUUCAACCAGUACCUGUAAAUUGAUAGAAUUACAAAUAUAGAUAGCCAAGAUCAUGAACGAUAAUAAUGAGAAACGAGUAA